CGACGAUAAGCCGCAUGACGACAGCCACAGUAGCGACUGGAGUAGUCGCCAUACCUGGCCCAUUUCAAGUGAUCAAGCCCCCGCAGCCUUCGUCCACGUCCACGUGGAAGGACGUACCGUACGCUGUCCUCUUCGUUGCGAACGUGGUGGCCAUCGUUGCUGUCAUGGUGUCGCUGGGUUUGCCGCUCCUGCAAGCCGCCACCACCUCGUCCUCCUCGUCCGGUCAAGCCAAUGCAACGGCAUCGAGUUCCGAAUUUACGUCAGGGGAUAUGGCAACUGUCGUUGCCGUAGCUACUGCGCUUGCGGUGGUGUCUGCCAUUGUCGCCUACUUGCUGUUGCAAGUCGUGUUGAUGCAUGCCAAACACAUAAUUUUGUACAGCUUGUGGGCCAACGUGAUCCUUUGCUUUGUAUUCGCUGCCGCGGCAAUUGCAAGUGGAGUCGUCGUCCUCGCACUGUUGUUUAUCGUUUUCGGAUUCUUCAGUCUCUGCUACCUUCACGCAGUCCAGAGCCGCAUUCUAUUUGCUGGCGCCAACUUACAAGUGGCGGCGGCCGCAGUCAAGAAGCACUGGUCGAUUUUUCCUGUGGCAUUUGCAUUGAUGGCCGUGCAAGUGGCUUGGGUGUUCAUUUGGGCGAUUGCUUUGGUGGGGGUGUUUCAGAAGGCAACUUCCCCGGUGCCCAACCUCGGGGCGAGCGUCGCUGGAACGUCGUGCUCCGCCAGCAGUGAAUGCGAAUCCGACGUGUGCGCGAAGUCGUCCAAUGCCACUCGAUUGACCUGCCAGCCGUUCAUCCCUGGUCAAGCAAUCGUCACAUACUUUUUCAUGCUAGUCUCGCUCUAUUGGGGCGUCAAUGUGGUAAAAUACUUGCUGCAUACCACUGUGGCGGGCACGGUGGCCACGUGGUGGGCGGCGGGGGACUCGCAGUCGGCGACCGGAGGCGCCUUUCGCCGCGCCAUGACCACGUCGUUUGGGUCUAUUUGCAUGGGGUCGCUGCUCGUGGCGAUUUUGGAAGCGUUGGAAUCGAUGGCCAAGGAAGCGAGAAAGAAGGGCAAUGGCGUCGCAUGCGUGGCGGAGUGCAUUUUGAACAUGCUGCGGGGCAUCCUCGAGUACAUUAACCGAUGGGCGUUCGUAUACGUGGGCAUGUACGGGUUCCCGUUUGCCCACGCUGGGAAGGCCGUGUAUGGUUUGUUUCAAACACGAGGGCUGUCUGCGAUCGUCAACGACGACUUGAUCGGGGCGGCCAUGGGGUCGCUCUCUCUUGCGUGCGGACUGAUUUGCGCCUUGUUGGCACUCGCGUAUACAUACAUUGACACGGCACACACUUCGUUUGAUGGGGCCAACUUGAUUCUUCCACUCAUGGGGUUGGCGUUUGGUGUUGGCGUGACUGUGAUUCCACUGAGCGUGGUGAGCAGCGCCGUGGCCACCGUCUUCGUGUGUUUUGCAGAGGAUCCGGCGGCAUUAAGUCGAACGCACCCUGAACUCCACAACGAAAUGGUUGGGGCCUGGCGGUUGGCGCAUCCCGAUGCCAUGGUGGCCUUUUACCCCUUGUGACUGACCAUAUUAGGGCACCUUGUAUUUGCAUUUUUUAACUCCUCGAUUACUUCGGAGUACUUUUAACGUUACACCAGCAUUUUCGCA